CCAACGUCGAAAGCAACAGCAAAAGCCAUCAUCACACGUCGAGAAGAAAUCUUCCUCUGUCUACAGAGCAGACCGCCAGAAUGUCGUCUUCGCUGGCGCCCGAGUGCAACGAAGUGAAGGAGCGGUACGACACGUGCUUCUUGAAGUGGUAUUCAGAGAAGUUCCUGAGGGGAAACGCGAAGACGGACGAGUGCGAGCCCAUCUUCAAGGAGUACAAGGCUUGCCUGAACGUUGCCCUCAAGGAGCGAGGAAUUGACAAGCUGCUUGAAGAUGCGCGGGAAGACAGCAGAGAAACAGAUAAUGAGUAUUUAAAGGCCAAGUCGUGACUGCGGCCGGGGAGUCCAUCUCACCUCGGCCCAUCUCUCUCAUCCGAUGAAGACCUCGCCCGUCAUGCGUCUUCUUCCAUCUUCAUUAUCAUCAUCAUCAUCAUCAUCAUUCUUAGCAUAGCAUGCGGGGAUACCGGCGCAAACUCUCAGCUUUGGUCAUCAGUUUCAUGUCUUGAGGAGCUUUUGUUUUGCUCCGGCUAGAAAACACGUGGAAAGAAACCAGAUCCCUGGUUCCUGAAUCAAUUCCAAGAUUCAUGAAUGUUAAAGACUAGAAACCUUGAGGUCCCCAUCGCCUCAAAUGUCGUUUGAACAGACUUUCGU